AUGGCUGAAGUGGAACAUGGAGAAAUUCGCCAAGCAGCUAUAGAAGGUCGCUCAGUCUCAGUUGUAAAUAUGUCUUUACUUGAAGAGCAAGAUAGAGGUCGCUAUAAUCUCCCUUCACAUAGUGAAGUUGCAGUUGUAUUUGUAGGUGAAGAUGGUGCUCCUCCUGCUUCCAGAGAAGUUGUUAUUUACCCGAGAGGUCAUCCUCUUAAAACUAUAUCAAGUAUGUCUGCCAACUUAGAUCCAAUGGUUAAUCCUCUAUUUUUCCCAAGGGAUGAUGCUGGUUGGCAUAAUCAAUUGCAUGGAUUAGGGAAAGUCGUAACCCAUGUUCAUGUUAUCGCAUUUCAAAAGCGUGGUUUACCACAUGUUCAUAUUUUACUUCACUUUGUCACUGAUGAUAAGCUGGAGACAGCACAGGAUACCAAUAGUUUAAUAUGUGCUGAAAUUCCAGAUCCAAUUAUAAAUCGUGAACUUUAUGAUGUUAAAACUUGCAUGAUUCAUGGUCUAUGUGGCAUACUGAAUCCAAACUCUACCUGCAUGAAAGAUGGGGUGUGCAGCAAAAAUUAUCCUAAAGAAUUUAAUGCCAACACAGUAGUAGUUCAUAAUGGUUAUCCUCGCUAUAAGCGUCGUGAUAAUGGUUUGGUUAUUAAUAUUAAAGGCAACAAUGUAGAUAACCGCUGGGUGGUACCUUACAAUCCAUGGUUAUCAAAGAAAUAUCAAGCCUACAUUAAUGUUGAAGCUUGCAUGUCUGUUAAGGCUGUUAAAUAUUUGUACAAAUACAUAUACAAGGGUCACGACUGUGCCAAUAUUUUGAUAAAUGAACAAAUUAAUCAUGAUGAAGUAAACACUUUUUUAGACUGUCGUUAUGUAAGUGCACCUGAAGCAUUGCGGCGAAUUUUUGAAUAUCCCAUAAGUCAUAUGUCACACACUAUUAUCUGCCUUAAAGUUCAUCUUCCUGAGAAUCAAUUAGUGUAUUUUAGAGAAGGAGCAGAACAAAUGGCUUUAGAUCGUGCAGCUCAACGUGAUACACACCUUACAGCAUGGUUUAAGUUAAUUUCUGAAAAUGAAAGAGCACAUUGCAAUUCAUAUGUUGACAUUCCUUAUCAUUAUAUAUUUGAUGAUAAGCUUUGUAAAUGGAAGUCUUGGGUGGAUGUGCGUACUGUUAAUGGUAUUGUUGUUGAAACAUUUCGUGAAGCAUGCGUUUUAAAUGGUUUGUUACAAGAUGACACUAAAUGGCAAAAUGCACUUUCUGAGGCAGUUUUAAUACGUAUGCCAAAGCAAAUUAGACAGUUAUUUGCAAUUAUUUUGACUUUUUGUGAACCAGACAAUCCUUUGCAUCUUUGGAAUACAUACAAAGCAUUUAUGAUUGAGGACUUUAUUCACCGCUCAGUCCCGCUUAUAAUAGCUGAACAAGCUGCUCUUUGUCAAGUUGAAAAGAUUAUUAAUCAGUGUGGUAAAACGCUGGCGGAUUAUAAUCUGCUUGUUAUUGAGUCAGAUUUUAAUCUAGAUAAUCUAGAAAAUUUCAAUCAAAAUGUUCAACAAUCAAUUGAUGAAGCCAAUAGAAUGAGACCACUGCGCAAUAUCAAUCAAUUAAAUGUAUGUUCUUGCUCUGCAUGGACUGGCAUAGCAGCAACUCUUCUUACAAAUGGAUCUACAUUGCAUGGCUUAUUCAAACUUCCUGUUCCAAUAUUAGAUAACAGCACAUGUAAUGUUACUCCAAACUCUAUUCAUGGACACUUUUUAAGUCAGGUUAGUUUGUUUUUGCUUGAUGAAACAUCCAUGAUACCCAAACAUGCAUUGAAUGCAAUUGAUAGGUUAUUAAAAGAUGUUUGCAACAACAACUUUCCAUUUGGAGGAAAAGUCAUUCUUUUUGGAGGCGACUUUAGACAAAUACUGCCUGUUGUGAAAAGAGGACAACCAGCUGAAGUUGUAGAAGCAGGUAUAAAAUGUUCUUUACAUUGGCAAUGGGUGCAGAAGUUUAAGUUAACAGAAAAUAUGAGAGUAUAUGAUGGGGAAAGGGAAUUUUCAAAUUGGCUGUUGAGACUUGAUAGUGGAACAGUAUUCGUCAAAGAGGAAGAUCCUUUUAAAGGGUGCAUUGAAAUACCGCAUCAAUGCCUUAUUAGGGAAAAUGACUCUAUUGUUGAAAAGAUAUUUGGGGAUGCCGAACAAGACGAUUAUGCUAAACGUGUCAUUUUGACACCAACGAAUGUGGAUUCACUAUCAAUCAAUGAGGAAGUGCUUCAACGUCUACCGGAUGAGGUCAAAACUUAUUAA